AUGGAAAACUACACAUUCAACAGUUUCACGCUGCAGCUGGAAGGGCUGAAUGUCUGGAAGGGUUUCUUCUACCCGGCCUUUAUCUUCCUCUUGCUCUCAUAUAUCUUUAUAAUGCUCAUGAAUUUCGGCAUUGCUGUUGUUAUUUUAAUGGACAAGAGUCUUCACCAGCCCAUGUAUCUCCUGUUCUGCAACUUACCGUUGAACGACAUGCUUGGUAGUUCUAUCCUGUUGCCUCGUUUGCUUUUGGACAUGUUGAGGCCUCGCUCUGAGCUCUUCAUCAGUUAUUACGAAUGUGUGGUCCAAGCUUUCACCACUCACAUGUCCAGUUCCACUGCUCACACUGUGCUGAUGAUUGGUCUGACUCUGCGUCUGAACCGAUGUAGGACUCUCAUCACAAAUCCCUUCUGUGACAAUCCCUCACUGUUUAAGCUGUCUUGUGAGAGUGUGUUGAUUAAUAAUAUCUACGGCCUCACCUUCACCGUGGUUCUGUUCACAGGUUCUAUAGGCAGCAUGGUUAUCACCUAUACAAAGAUCACAGUAGUGUGUCUCACAAGUAACAGCAGGUCUCUGAACAGUAAAGCCGUGAAGACCUGCAGCACUCACCUGGUUGUGUACCUGAUUAUGUUGAUCAGUGGAAUGUGUAUUGUUGUUCUUCAUCGCUUCCCCCAGUACUCAGACUACAGGAAACUUUGUGCCAUCUUGUUUCUUAUCGUCCCUGGUAGUCUUAACCCCAUCAUCUACGGCAUGCAGUCUGCAGAGAUCCACAAAUCCUUGUCUAAAUUGUUGCGAUCCAAACGGGUUGCCAUGAGUCUGAGUUGA